AAAGGCGUUGAAUAUUCAAUUGAAAACAGAAAUGGCGGGGUAUGGUAGCACUGUAGCGCUAAAAAUAAAACACUGCACCGGGUGUUAAGGAUUUUGUUUUGGCAAAAAAAAUGUGAAAAACGGGAAUAUGAAGUCCAGCGAAGCAACGCGGCAGCGAAACAACGAACCAUGUCUAAUAAUGGAAAAGUCAUCGCGGACACCCCGCUGGUCGUGGACUUUUGGCAGGUUCGGAAAUGUCCCGGCAGCCGGUUGUUUUUCCUGACCCACAUGCACAGCGACCACACGGUGGGUCUGACCUCCACCUGGAGCAGCCGACCCAUCUACUGCUCCCCGGUCACUGCCGCCCUGCUCAGACUCAAACUGCAGGUGAAAGAACAAUGGAUUCAUCCUCUAGAGCUGUGUGAGCCAUAUCUGCUCCCUCUGGAUGACAUAGGCAAGGAGAAGCUCACCGUCACACUGAUAGACGCCAACCACUGUCCUGGAGCUGUCAUGUUUCUCUUUGAGGGCUACUUCGGGGCAAUUCUCUACACUGGUGAUUUCAGAUACACUCCUUCGAUGCUGCGUGAGCCAUGUUUAAGGACCAACACAACCAUAGACAUUCUGUACUUGGACAACACCAACUGUGACCCCAACCGCACUCUGCCAUCCAGACAGAAAGCUACUCAGCAAAUCAAAGAGAUCAUCCGCAGAAACCCUGACCACAAUGUUGUUAUAGGCAUUUAUUCUUUGGGUAAGGAGACUCUGUUGGUUGAGCUGGCGAUGGAGUUUAAGACCUGGAUUGAAGUGAAUUUCGAGAGAAUGGAGACCCUCAGAGCUCUGGAGCUUCCUGACGUCUUCACCACUGAGCCUGGGGCCGGCCGCAUCCGAGUCGUGAACCAGUCCAAGAUCUGCUCAGCAGUGUUGCAUGAGUGGAACAAGGAACAACCCACACUGGCCAUCUUGCCCACCAGCAGACCUCUCAUUUCCUUCCAUCCCAAUGUCUACGUAGUGCCAUAUUCAGACCACUCCUCCUACCAGGAGCUGGAGGAUUUUGUCUCGGCACUCAAACCUUCGUCUCUUGUACCCAUCGUUGGAGGCUUUCUACCUGGAGGCCUGUCUGCCUUACUGCCGCACAAGAAACGCCAAGACGUCCAUGUACCUGAGUCAGUCCGACUCUACAUGUUGAGACAGCCCGAACGGCAGUUCAGCUCCUCGGCGUACAAUGGUCUCUGUCACAGAAACCUCAGACCUCUUGCUCCCAAAGGAGUGAUAUUUGAUACUCCUGUGAAAAAACCUAGGAAGUUGUAUGAGAAAGCCUGUGAGGAAGAAAGCAUAGAGCAGGAUGGAUCUGAGGAAGAUAUUGAGACAGACAGCAGCGAAAGAGACUCCGACUUUAUUCUUGUUGAUCCAAGCAUAAAACUCACCCCUAACAAAAACAGAGAAGGGAACAAUGAGGAAACAGUUUCUGAAGAACUGGUGAUGAUAGAAUCGGUGCAGCUUGGUCAACUCACUGCAAGCAACUUUGAUUCAAUGCUGACAAACUCCAAUACCUUCAGGACAAGGCAGGAGUUGGAAAUUAAGACAAGUGUAAAUUCACAUGGGCACAAAGGGCGCAGAGAUGUUCAGAUGAGCCAAACGCUGGCAGAUCAUGAGACCAUGAGUGAGCACAGCUGGGGGGAUCAGAGCAGCGCUUCAGAUUUAUUUAAAAACAGUUCUGAUAGAGCCUCCCUUGGUUCAAAUGAGAUAUCCCGUGAGAGUACAGAGAAGCAUGAAAACAUCCUUUUGAAGUGUCUCCCCUUCUCAGAGAAGGACUUUGUGUCUGGAGGCCUCCUUUCACAUGACUUUGUGCGUCAGUUCACCCUCUCGCCUAUGAAGGAUUCAGAGGAAGAGGACGUCUGAAUCAACAUUAAGACUUUUGGAUUGUUUCGGUGGCAUUUCCGGCUCACUCGAGCACUAUUAUUACUUUGGUUUCUUAUUUUUCAUUGUCAUCGAGGGUGUUUUCUGAUUUGAGCCAAAAGCGUAGCUACCGUAGAGCGGCAUUAGACCACCAGAUAAUAAAAUCCAACUCACAUGAGCAGGUUUUUAUUACUUUUAUCAUUUACAGUCAUCUAGAUCCUCCGUUGGGAUCUAGAUCUCAACGGAGAUCUAGAUCCUCCGUUGAGAUCUAGAUCUCAACGGGGAUCUCAACAGGGUUUGCCUGGUUAAAUAAAGGAAAUUAAAAAAAAAAAAAAUAAAAUCAUUUACAGUCAAUGGGGAUUUGACACCACUGUGGGGUAGGCUUCGCCGGCCCAGGGCAGAGACUAACUUACGAGGGUUCUGCGGGUCUUUAGUGGAUUUUAUCCUUUCUCAGAUAAUUUCCUGUGUUUUAAUAAGGAAAUGAUCUGAAGAAGAGACUUGCCCACCUGACUGAAACACAUUUACCCUUCACUUUUUGUUCUCGUUGUGGACAGCCAAAAUAUUUUUUGUGUGAUUUCAAACUGUUCUGUAUCUUUUGAUGAGGAAAAUAAAGUACCUCCGAAAACAUUUAGACUAUGAACACAUUUGCUGCUCUUGUAUCACAGCAGAAAAAUUGUGACGAUCUUGACGUUGGUGAUCAAAGCUACUUCAUUUUUAGGCAUAACUAGGUUUUAAUUUUACGCUAAAAAUGUAACCUGAUAUAAACAAAAUGUUUAACUUUUUAAACUUUGUACUGUUUUAUUGCCUGAGUGGAAGUAUUAUUUUAGUUCUGUAUGGAAGUUUCACAAUUUGUGAUAAUUUGUGAAGCAAAGAAAUUAAUGUUUGUUUGUUUGUUUGUUCUGAUUAUUAUCUAUAAGGGGGGCUGAUUCCACACUUAAUUACUACUGAGGAUAUAAUAAUCCUGUGAUUAACAUGACUGAGUGUUUUUGAGAGUAUUAAGAGAGCAAAAUGGCUCUUAUAAUAAAUGUGUUCAGUUGUAUGCAGGUUUAAUCAGUGUUAAUGUUUCUGAGAAGUCUUCAUGCUUUUGAAAUGUUUUUUUCUAAACUGUAAACACAUACUCAGAAGGUAGAAAUGCAAAAGUUUGUAAACAUUCUUUCGCAAGGUGAAAUAAUUAUAUUCAAAUAAUGACAGAUGAAUAUUGAUGAUGAUGAGUCCCUGUGGUUACAUUCUUGUUUCUUGUUGAAAUUUGCACAAAUACUAACAACACUGAGUAAAUACUAAGUUUCUUUUUAACUUGCCUCUUGUUUUUUCUGUAAUUUCUUUUAGAUUCUUUAUAUCAUUAAAAUAUUGCUUUAACCUGG